CUUACAAAAAUGGACUGUAUAAACAUUUUAGAUGGACAAUAUCAGAUUCUGCGCGUCACAACGGACUUGUAUGAUGAAACUGAAGGGUUGUUGGCGGAUGUAUCGGUGAACCAGGAAUUGACAUGCCUGGCAACCACACUGAAAGAUUUGCCCAUGGUCAAAGCAGAGUUGCGUGCACUAAUAAGACAUGUAAUGUCAUGUCGCAUCUCCAUUGCCAAUAUAAUCUUUAAUGAAGAAAAUGAUAGCAUUUAUAAAUUGAAGGACUUUAAAUGUCCCAAAAUUAUUAAAUACAACAUAUUUUGGGAGGCUCUCGAAGGCAGCUACAACAUCUACAAAGAGUGUACAAAAUGCAGUUACAGAUUGGGCUUGGAAAUGGUCAAGAAGUGGCACAUAUCAGAGUGGGGACUCGUUGAGCUUCAAGCGAUAAAGUUUUAA